CAAUCAGCGUCUCGAGUACUGAGAGCUGAAAACCAAUCGGUUCCGUUGAUGUGGUUUCUAUGCACAUUAUCUACAACUUUCCAGAAUAUUUCGGAUAUUUAUAUAUGGUAUAAUUCAGGUCAUUUCUGGAAGAAUGGCAAGCUUUAAGACUGGGAGAGAAAUUAGCGAUGCCGACAGGAAAAAAUUUGAGACGGUUUUUCAUCAGUCUGAUCUGGGCAGGAAAGGUUAUUUAUCCCGAGAAGAUCUUAAGGUAGCAGUGGUCAUGUUAUUCGGAUAUAAACCAUCGAAGUCGGAGACAGAUAUGCUGAUGGAGUCUGGCUCUUAUAAGGACUGGCCAGGGGUCCCACUGAAUCAGUUUACGUCUCUCAUGGGGCGGAAGAUGUCAGCAGAAGAUCCGUAUGAGAAGAUGAGGCAGAUCUUCAGUGCCUUUGAUGUUCACUGUCGUGGCUUCUUGAAACUGGAGGACUUCAAAAGCGCCUUCAAGCGAGUUGCUCCCCACCUGCCAGAGAGAACAGUGCUUGAGGCUUUCCGGUACGUGGAUCUGGAUUCUGAUGGUCAUGUCAGCUUUAAGGACUUCGAAAAUGUCAUCAGCUAUGGUUUGGCAAACAUCUGAGACUACAUAAAGAGAAUGAAAGCAUCAGAUGACCUUAACUAGACUAGACAUCAUGUUUGCACAACUAUUUUAAUUAAUUUAAUUGAUUUGACAGACCUGUAAGCAAUAGACAUACAUCUUGAUCAAUAGGUGGUCACCUCGACUUAAUUCCCAACCCAUGUUUGGAGUCUUCUGAAAUUUUUGUAUAGACAUAUUAUCUAUCCCACAGUUUGUUGAUAAUACAACUGAACCGUUUGAACUUUGUUUUCAUAACUAAACAUACUAGUAUUUUACGUACUGUUGUAUUAAAGGGACAGUCCACGUUUUUUGAAAUUAGGCUCAUUUUUCAGCUCCCCUA